AUGGCGGCGGCGGCGGAGCUGGAAGGCUGGCAGGCGGCGUCUCGUCGGAGAAGGCGCUCGGCGGCGAUGUGUCCGCGGCGCAGGGAGGCGGCGGCGGCGGCGGACCGGGCCCCGGGAGCCCAGCCCGAGGUGGACGGCGGAGUCGUGCUUCGUCGCAUCCAGGAAGCCAAGGAGGACCUGCUUAUCUCUGAUUUCUGGAGUUUAGCACUAGAAACCAUCCACAGGUGUCUUAGGAAGUAUCUGGAACAGCUGAAGGCCCCUGUGGGGCCCCUGUCAGAAGCCCUUGGAAACCUGCAUCUCGACGCAUCACCAGGUGAGUCAGAUGUGGCCCCUGACUCGGUCCCAGAGGAGACCCCAGUCACAGGAGCCUGCCACUUGAAGUGCGUGUGUUACGGCGUGGGGAACUUCGCCACCUGCGUCAUAGCUAGGAACCAGCUCGCGUUUUUGCUUCUCUUCCUGGAAAAGUGCCAGAUCCCCAGAAGUCACUGCUGGGUGUAUGACCCUCUGUUUAGCCAGCUGGAAAUUGCGGUUCUUAGCACCCUUGGCGUGGUUGUUCUCAGUGAGAACGAGGAAGGAAAACGGAGUGUGUGCGGCGAGCCCACCGUCUUUUACAUGCUCCACUGUGGGACGGCGCUCUACAACAACCUGCUGUGGAGAAACUGGUCCAUAGCCGCCCUUUCCAAGAUGGUCAUCGUUGGGAACAGCUUCAGAAGACUCGAGGAAAGGUUGUUGACAAGGAUUCUGCAGAAACAUUAUCCGUAUGUUGCAAAGAUUCUGAAAGGAGGGGAGGAGCUGGCACUCCCUCAGACCUCACAGUACACGGACGUAUUUAAUGACACCUCCGUCCACUGGUUUCCUGUACAGAAGCUAACACAACUCUCCACGGACACUUGGGCCUUUCGGGAAGAACCGGAUUACCAGGACUGUGAGGGUCUCGAGAUCAUCAGGAACAAGACAGAAGAUCCUUCAGCCACUGACUUGAACCCGCUGUGAUGUGUCGGCAGAGGUGGUCGCCACGGAGGGACUGCAGUGAGUCCCCUUUCAGACAGAGCAGGAAGUACGUCAACUGUGAUUUAAAUUAGUUUGUUUAUUCCCCAAUCCGUCCAUGGCAGGCGCUGCGGGCUACUUGGCCAUGUCAAUCAGGCUCUGCAGGGAGGUGGGCACCCAGGUCUUCUCCCCCUGCACGAACACCACACCCCGAUCGAUGUAGAUGACGAUGCGGCCGAAGGUGUACAGCUGCUUCCCCUCGUGUCGCUUCCCGAUGACGGGCAUGAAGACGAUGUUGUGCUCCUCGGCCUUGGUCUCAAUGAGGUCUUUAAAGUUCAUGGGCACGGAGCUGGCAGCCACGCCGAUGCCUCUCUGGGCCAUGUUCUCAGCCUCCCGCCGCUCCUGCAUGGCCUCGUACUGGAAAUCCUUCCUCCGCUCCGUGUGGGUGAGGUAGGCGAUGUUCUCCCGUGCUCCGGGCUGCAUGUAGGCACCUGGCAGAUACAGAGUGGGGGGUGGUGAGGGACAGGUCCCAGCAUGACAGAAAUGGAGACGCCGCCUUGGCCUAGGGCUUGGCAUGCCACAGGCGGCAUCUCCUAAGGCCUCCUGGGGCCUCAGAGCGCUGGCUUAAAAUAAACCAGAUGAUCAAGCACCUUGGGGGAAGUGUGGCCAGCUGGCUGCAGUCACAUAAAAAUCUCUGGUUAAUACCUAAUAACCAGAGAUUAUUAAAUAUUUCACAUAAUAAAGAAGCAUCAGCAAAGGAUUUAUUCUUAUGGGCCAGAAACCUUGACAGUCAUUAGCCACUGUUCUAUUCCCUUCUUGCUAGAGUUUUCACUCCACACUUCCCCCAGGGCAGCUUUUAGAACCCUGAAGACAUAUGGCCUAUACUAGUUAUAUAUUUAACUUACCCAUACAGGCCCCCAGCCCUGGAAGAACUUUAAAUAUAUCUGGGGAGCUGAAACACACAUGUUUCAGCUUCACAGAUGAAGGGAUAUACAGGACCAUAUUUGCCUCAUUAAAUGCAGUAUGUGUCUGUCUAUGAAUUCUAAGUCCAUUUUCAUGUAAUAGGCUAAGUAGAAAGAAUUAAAACCUCGCCUCGGGAAAUAGAAAUUACAAUCCCAGCUGCCACUCUGUAGUUCUGUGACCUUGAAUGAGCUCUUGACCUUCUUGAGCUUCUCUGUGAAACAUGGCUAGAUUAGGUGCUCCAUUGGCCUUUGCUUUGAGAUGUGAGCACACUCUUCACACAGGACUGGCUGAGUGGCUCGCAGGCAGAGGGACUUGCCUAGAACUGAGUAGUUCAGGAAUAGAUAGAUAGUAAACGAACAGUCAGCUGCCUAUUUCUGACACACCAAAGACACCACCUACUGAGUGCCAUCCAUCAACAGUACCUUGGUCCCCCUAGGUUCUUAAUAAAAACCUGGAAGUGGGUCCUUACUACUGCUUUACAGGUAAAGAAAAUGGGCUAAAGAAGUUAAGCAACUACUAUGUGUUAGACUGUCACCCAGCUCCAUGCCAUGAGCUGUUACACUGGAGUGGCCACAGAACGCCGGCCGGGCAGACAUGCCAAAGAGCCCAGACCUAGCUUAAGUGAGUGCCCAUUCAGGAAAAACGCCCUUCCCAGCCCCAGGAGGUGGGGGAGUGGCUGCUAGCUAAAUAAGUACCUGAUGGGUCUUGUGGGCAAGAGUCGGUGUGCCCUGGAGGUGAGCCCACUGGUACAUGGAAACUCUGUGUCAUUUCCAUGCUCAGAAACGUGGAGCUCAGGCCCAGGACCUCCACAAAAUGGAACCCUCACUCACCGACAUUGGAGGACACCGCCCUGUUCAUGAUAUCAAGUGCCUCGUUAAAUUUGUCCUUGACAGAUGGGUGCGCCAGCACUUGGUCUGAGAACAUGGACUUCCAACCCAGGUACCACUUGGUGAUCUCCUCGUAAUUUGGGCUGUUACUGAGCCAGGAGCACAGCACCUGCCAAAAGGGAACUAAUAAGAAACCUGCAUCCACAGUGGCAACAAAGGGGAGCAAAACUUCCAAAGGGGCCACUUGUUUUGUUUGGGUCCUGCUCCUACAAGCUGAUGAUACCUGCAAGGGUUUUAGGGGGUCAGCUCGGUAGCUAAGUGCCCUGCAUGUAAACUGCACCUCGGCCUCCCACCUACACAAGCGAUACCAGUCCCCACCUUACAGGGCUGUUGUGAGGAGGGGGGUAAUCAGAUCAAGUGCUUAGAACAGCAUCGGGCACGUGGCAAAUGUCCAAUAAAGUGGUGCUCGCUGUUCCUGCCUGCCUCAUUCUUACCUUGCCGCGUAGUUUACCUUCAUUGUGUGGCCACGGCACUGCCACCCAAGGCUCCAGUGACUCCCUCCUUGUCCCCAACGCACCCCAACAAAGCGAAACAAAGCGUACCUGAAGCCACUUGGGGAAGAAGUGCUUUUCAAGAAGCCCCACCAGGCUGGAGACAGAGAUCAUCCCUUCCCAGUCGAUGACCCAAUAAAAAGCAUCCAUGUGCUGCUGGUGGGGGUUGAUGACCAACUCCCCGAGGCACAUCCCUGGAAGAGAAACCCAGCCUCUAAGGCAAAGCCACACAGCAGCGGCAUCACCAGACAAUGUCGGCCUUCGAUCUGCUUUUAAAGGUCAAGUUUAAGCUCUUGUGGCAAUUCUUAAAAAUUGUUUUCUUCUCUAACCCAGAAAUAGCUCUAGUUUUAGAAUCCAGUAUGACAAUACACAAAACGCCACCUCUUACACGGAGAACUAUCGUGUGCUCAGAGCUCAAAGGCCAUGUUUUUAAGCAGCAGCAUCAUUACCACCAACCACAGAAACCAGGCACUGAAGCUGCUCGACUUGGAUGCAUCUCCCCAUUUCCUUACCCAGUUUGGGCACUAUGUUCUUGACCAUGAAUGCUUCCCAGGAGCCGGGGGUGAAGACAUCUUUCCAGGGCUGGAGGAUGAGCUUGGCCGAGGAGUCGCUGGGGUGCCACUUCUGCAGGGCGCUGGCCAGCUUGCUGCGGAUGGGGGGGUAGAGCGGCUCCAGGCGCGCCUGCAUGAGAGGCAGCCACGGGUGGAUCCACGAGUGGAUGGGGACGGUGUCUGUCAGCGGGUUCCAGUUGUCCACCUGCAGGAGGAGUGGGGGAAAGGCAGCAGUUCACACGGCCUGUGGGGCAGCCACACGAGGCGGAGGUCCCCGUCUUCGGCGCGCGUAUGGGCGACACGGUCUCCAUUACAUUUCCCCCAAACAGGGACACCGACCCACCAAUAGACCCAUGCAAUCUGUAUUAAAUCUCAGAAAUGGCACAAUUCUGAUUUUACUAAAGAAGCCAAGUAAAUGGAUUCCCUAUUAAGGGAGGGUUUUGGGGGAAAGUGCUGAGCGAAGGGCUGGAGUUAACAUUACAGAACAGUGGCCGUGUUGAUGAAUUCUGGGCAUUGUAACAGCAGUUGAGAGGAUGAAGAGAAAUGCGAAACAGUCCCCGUGUUUCCUGAUGACCACCGUUUCCCACGCCCGGCCCACCUCCUUCUGCAGCUUGGGGAAGACGAGCUGGUCCAGGAUGUUGUCCAGGAUCCACACGGGAACGAUGUGCACCCAGCUGUCCAGGAAGUCUACCAUCGGGUCACAGUUCCUCGGUUGCCAGUGAGUGACGAUACUUCGAACAAAGGGCAUCCAGACUUCCCAUAUCAGCCUAUGCGAGGAAGGGAGAGGGCGGCUGGCGAAAAGCACUGACUGGUUUCCACGUGUGCAAAGUACUCCGCCACCCACCGGGUAAGAAUGAAAAUGGCAACAGCGGGGCACUCCAGUCACAGACAACCAUCGGACCGGCCCAUGUGUUGGCCAGACGUGCGCCCGCCUUGACACUGCUCUCCUGGCCGCCCACUCGGCCUCAGGGCCUGUCUCCUCAGUAGCACCUGCCUCCCUGGCAGGGCUGCUGUCGGGUCCCACCCCCCCACACCCCCGCAAGCGUCGUGUGCUUCCGCAGCUGGAGCUCUAUCUGCACAGCCUCAUGCUUCGGGUCACAGCUUCAACGUCACCUCCCCCGAGAGACCUGUGCCCCCCCCAACAGGUGCACAUACACAGGUGGGCACCCUUGUCAUUCUCUACUGCUGGACCCAGGUGGCAGCCUGGGUUUAUCUGUCCACUUCCUUGGUUACCACCUGCCUUUUCCCCUCACUGGAGACAGGCCGUCUCUUCACUCCCAGGGUAAGGCAGCACGGAACACAGCCAGACCCUCAACGGGCACUUGACAGGCGUGGGGUGAACUAAUGAAUGAAUUUAAAUUCCCCGAGCAGCACCGGCACGUGGCCGAGGGCUCACACAGGCAGUAAGCCCCGUCCCCCCCAAGGAGCACCUGUGGAAGGCGUCUGCCGAGAGGUCCUGCCCCCCGUGGGACAACAGCUGGUCGUUCUCCAGGAGGCUUUUCCACUUGGAGAUGAUCUCGGUGCCGUACGUACAGUCCUGAGGAGAAACACAGCAGCUGAGAGGCAGCCGCAGCUGAGAGGCAGCCGGCUGACAGCCCCCUGGACCGUCUCGCACCCAGGCCUGCCCCAGAGGAGAGGCAGCGUGGCGGACUCCCCGCCCACUCACCUUGAGGGGGUCCCACUCCUUGAAGUAGUCCUUCAUGAGCGGGUAGACGAUGGCCACGGCCAGGUCCACGCGGUCGGACAUCCUGUACUCCUCGUAGUACUUGUCCUGCAGGGUCUCAAAGAUGCGGGCACACUCGUCCAGGGUGAGGGGGUCACUGCAGCCGGGCUGCAGGCGCCGCUCGCACUCCUCCACGAGCCCCAGAACCUUGCUCAGGUUGGAGAUGGCCCGUUCCUCGUGCUCCAGGACCUCCGACACCUUUUCCAGCUCAUGGGAAAGGUUGAUCACCAUGUCUCGCUCGUAUUGCAGCUGCCGGUCGUUCUGGAUGAUCUCCUGCUCUGUGAGGUCGAUGAGCAGCUGCAGGUUGUGCUCCAGCUCCGGCAGUGCGAAGCCGGGGGCCUUGGCCUCCUUGCCGGGCUGGGGCAGCUGCUGUGACUGCAGCGGGAGCCCAUCGUCGGGGACGCUGUGCUUGUGGCUGAUCUGGCUGUAGCUGUAGUAGACCUUCUGCUCCCGGCCCGUCAUGUCUAUGACCUUGGAGAAGGUGGCAGAGGACACGCGGGUUAAUGCUCACCACUGCUGCCCUGUUAGACACACACCUGAGCCCGGGGAAGGCACGACGCUGGUGGGAACGUGUCAAAACCACACCGCCCAGCAGAGCUGGAGAAGGGCGGUGCUUCUCAAAGUGGGGCCUGGGCCGCGCUAGAUUGGAGGAGACUCCAGGGACAAAACAACCAGGUACAAACAACCAACCGGUCCUUGACUCGGUCCCCCUGGACCAACUGGAUGGAGAAGACUUUUUAGCAAAACUGAUGAAAUAUGAAUGUGGACUAUUUAGUUGAGAUGAAAAUCUAUUUUCAUGGAAAAGUAGAGGCUGUACUGAUCAGAGCAGGCAAUGGGACAACAUACACAAUCAAAAUAUCAUAUUUUGGUUAAAAAAUGCAUAUUUAGACAAAAACACCUGCAAGGAUGUACAUCACGGGUGUGAAAACCAGUCAUUUAUGGGAAAGGAAAGUAAUUCUAAUGUUUUUGCCUCUAUUUCCUAAUUGUCUAAAAUGUACUGCAUACUGCUCUGUAGUAAUAGUUGUUUAAUUUAAAAACAACAUGAAACAUACAAAAGCACAAAGGCAACCAAGGAAAUGAGCUACCUUCCAUGUCUGAAGGAGACUGAGGAAACGAGAACGUGGCUGUGAUGAAACAGAAGCAUCGCCAUCACCUGAGGUGACAGUGUAAUCUCUGAACCACCUGUAUUACAAAUACCCGGGGGAAAAUAACUGAGCAUGAGCCCUCAGGCCCCAUCUAGAUCUACAAAUACCUGGGGGAAAAUAACAGCAUGAGCCCUCAGGCCCCAUCUAGAUCUACGGCCUCAAAAUCUCCAGCUGUGACCUGGACAUCUGCACUUCUCACCAGGUACCCAAGUAACCUGAUACACAACACCGUGGCCUCUGAGAACCCCACUCGACUUUCUGUAAUACACACACACUGUAUCUUCUACGCUAUGUCCCCUACAACAGACAUCUGUCACCAAUGUUCUCUGGCCACUAGGGACAGUAAUGGAAAAGCCUCAGACUAUCCGUACAGAACAGUGGUAAUCAUCUUAAAUGCAACUCUGGGAUGCCCCGAGGGCCCACUCCUGCUCAAGAAGUGAGUUAGUGCAACCUUCCCACGAUUUAAGAGCCUUGAAGACUUUAGCCUGUGACUGCACUUCUAGGAAUCUAUCCUUAACAGCUAUAAAACAAAGACAAGCCUUUAUACACAAACUAACCUGCCCCAAACCAAACCAGAAAUGUUAAAAGUCUAGCAACAGAAUAACAGGAACAUCAUAGCAGCAGAAUGACAGGAGCAUCAUUAAAUUCACUGAUAGCAAGCUCCAGAAAGCUGGAGACAUUGUUCGAUUUAGCACUCUCACACCACAAGGAGCGCUUGGCACAGGGUUGGGACGGCAAUGAGCCUGAGCGUGAGUGCGGGGAGUGGGCACAGGCUGCUUCACGCCACAGAAGCAGCACACACACAGCCGGGAUGGAAGGCCCGCGGGAACCUUACGAGCAAAUGUUCGGUGACUGCUCUGGUGUGUGGGGUAACUGUGUGUCUUCCAAGCCCCCAUCCUGGACCAGGCAUCCAUGGGCCCCGUACCUUGACCUGAGAAAGCUCCUUCUGGGGAGCAGCAAGCUUCUUGCUAAUCCUGCCCUUGGCUUUCAAUUCUUCCACUGUCUUGUAAGAGUAUCUGGGCUUCUUCUUGCUUCCACUGGGGUCUUUCCUCCACUGGCUCAGCUCCUUCUGAAAUUCCUGAGUCAGAGGGAUACAGUCCAUCACAAGAAGGAAGGGCCACUUUUUACCACAGGUGGGGUCGGUGAGACUUUCACAAGGUUCUGUGCCGAGGACCGUGCUGUGUAACACUAAACCCAGCCAAGGACACUGCUUGACACCCGCUCCCCGCCCUUACCAAUGCUGAGACCCCUUCCCGACACACCCAACCCUAUGUUCUCCCCAGGGCUUCCUGCAACCACAGUGUGGUUACUUGUUUACCGUGUCCCUGUCCACCAGGCUCCACACCCGUUCAGCGUGGGACACCAGCCUCCAGCACAGUGAAUGGCGCACGGUAGCUGGGCGAGUGAGCGAGCAUAUGAACAAACACCAGUUGAAAGGGGCACAGACAGCACCUGGCCCGUCUCCUGACUCACCUCCUCAGCUUCUUCUUCGGAGUCAGCCACGGGGAAGUCUUGCAGGAGCUGAGUGGUGCGCUCCGAGCCGUAUGCCCCCACAGCGCCCUUCCCCUUUCUCUGCUUGGCUUCGAUUGGGUUGAUGAUACCUGACAAAUUUCAGCAAAAGACAGAGACUUCAGGUCAUGGCAUUUGCCAUGUGUGUGAGGGGGACCACACUCCUGGGUCCUUACUCAAGACGACGCACCACCCAGGAAGGAGAGUGCACUUCUGCCCUCCCAACACUGUUCCGCUCCCGGGUGACCGGAAGUGUCUGUGCAUUUAUGCUGCCACAGAGCAGUGUGUGGAUAUCACCAUAUGUAUGUCCUAAAUGCAGAUUUCCAUUUCCACUUGGAUUCAUUUUUUUAGUGGAUGGGAAUAUUCAUUUAUAACUGGAAACUCUGGCAUACUAGAGUCUACACGUUGUUAAUUUGGAAGCCUAUUAAUAUAGAAAGGGCAGUAAUUCAGAUAAUAUAUUAAUUCUGAUUAAAGUGAGGUGAAGCUGCCAUUUAAUAUGAAACUCCAUCUAUUUUACUUAGUACUUCAUGUCUCCCAUGCUUAACUUGUUCUAUAACAUAUUUAAGCCUUGGAAAUAAAUGUGUCUUUCCUGUAAAAAAAAGUUUACAAACAGGACUACAACAUUUCAGUGAAGAACUGCCCACCACACCCCUUCCAGCUAGUACUGUGGAAAUGCCACAUUAGAACGUCCCUCACUCAUUCCAGGUCACCUUUUCCAUCUUCACUCAAGUCCAUGGAUUUUUCAUACAGCUAACAGUUACGUAUCCUGCCCCUUUGUGAGCAGGGACCACAGACUCAUAUGCCUUCAGGGCCCAGAAACAUUAACAGGGACAAGGAAAGUGGGUUGGGGUGUGGAGAAAGCUUCCAGAAUAAGGCCGUGGCUGCUACCCGGGGCAAGAAGAUUCAGCUAAACCAGUCACUGCCAAGCAAAUCUAGAAUUCAGGUUUUUAAACACUGGCAACCAGUUUGAUUUUUUUAGAAACACUGGGCGGGCCAGAAAGAAGCCUGUUUUCAGCCUAUCAGCCUGCAGCCUAUUUGAACCCUAACCUCUCCCUCCUGCUAAAAUAAGUGUAUUUUAUGUAACUUGAGUUCUGAUAAAGUGCAGUGGCUUGGAGCACAACUGUCAUGUGCUGCCAGAAAAGCGAAAAAGCAGAGAAAAGGCAAACCACGCCCCAGCUGCUCUUGCGGCCUCUGCCUGGCCGCCCUCGUGUGAGACAGCGGAGUGGGGGUACCACACCUUGUGCGUUCUUCCCGAGGCC